CCGAAAACCCAACAAGCUUCAAGUACCGCUCAGCCAAGUGCACGCUACCUUACUUUAGCUCACCAGCAUCGAGGACAUCAGGGCAUCAGGGCAUCUAUGCAUCUGUGCAUGUGAGAUCCGUAUCGCAAAAAAAGAGGACUUGGCCAUCUACCUUUUUGAUUAAAGCUCAUCUGAUACUUGGGUAGAUUUCUUAUUUUUAUCAUUAUUCGUAACCUUUCCUUCGUCACUUUUUAUUGUUUUUAUCAAAUCGUCACAUCGUCACAUCGUGACAGUUAACAACACGCGCAUUUUGAAUCAAUCCCCCGAAGACUUAAACUUUGAGGCCCCGACCACGUCCAAUUUAUCCAGUUUAUCCAUCAACUUCCAACUAUUAAAUUCAGUCUCUAAUAUCCUUUUGCGUCCUGCCUCCUGCAUCCUCAACCUGCGCAGCUCGACUUCCUUCCAGUACCGAAAGACCCGACCGCGUUAGCGAAUUAUCCCUACACCAUGAAAGUCCCCACGAUACAUGCGGCAGAUGCCGUACUGCUUCUAUUCUUCUUAGUAGCUCCUCUACCAACGAUUGCAAUGCUCAACUGCGAAUCCGUCGUUGCUGAUAAGCAAAUAUUUAACCUUAAGGCUCUCGGAGGCCCGCACUCCAUCAUGACGAGUCGCAUCCUAGACGGCAAAGUUCAUAAUAUGACGUAUACCGUAGAUAUUUGUCGAUCUCUUGGCAAGAAGAAAGGUGCAAAAAAGGGCGAAGAAUGUCCUAAUGGAACUCGAGUAUGCGCCAUCAAACGCGUAGACGACCAUAUCGACAAAGCCAUCCCGAUCGCCGGCGAAUUGAGAGACCAUGGCGGUGGUGACUUGGAUCAUGAGGUGACACGGCUCAAGACCUCGGAUUCGAAUUCGGACUCGAAGAAGGAGGGUGUGCUCCUAGUGAUGAAGGGCGGCUUCGACAGGACAGAUAGCGGAGUCAAACGAAGGCAGAGAGCCAUUAUAGAAUUCCUCUGCGACAAAGAUCGCAACGGGACCGAAGGCGAAUACGAUCCUACCGACGAUAAAUAUGAACCUAGCCCCGACGCGGCCAUGGCUCGGGUAAAUCCGCUCCUAUUUCGAGCCGAGGACGGCGACGGAGAUGGCGGAGAUGACAAUGGUGAUGGUGACGGUGAUGGUGACGACGAGCCACCUAAAGAGGUUCAGCUAGGCCUUGAGAAUGACCCGAGUUUGAAAUUCAACAGCUACGAACCGCUUAGCGAUGAUACGAAUAUCGACGUUCUACGGUUGACCUGGUUAUCUAAAUACGCUUGCGAAAACAGAGACAACGAUGACUCGGGUGAAAGCCCAAGUUCGCACUGGGGUUUCUUCACGUGGCUAGUUAUCAUCGUCUUCCUUGGAACCGCGGCCUAUCUUGUCUUUGGUUCGUGGCUGAACUACAAUCGCUACGGAGCUCGGGGCUGGGACCUCAUCCCGCACGGCGAUACUAUCCGCGACAUCCCGUACCUACUUAAGGACUGGACUAGGAGGGUGCUUAAUACAGUGCAGGGAAGCGGGAGUCGCGGGGGCUACAGCGCUGUUUAAAUGUGGCGGGGGAUGGGAUAUGAAUGCUUUCGUACUUGCAGAUAUGAGUCUGUCGUUCUAUUUGGAACGUCUGGUGAUUCAGCUUGUCCGAUUCUUUUGGCGUUUGACGGCGGCAUAUGGGUUUGGCUUAGAGCCUUGUGUGAUGCGGUUCCUUGUAUCAUAGGUUAGGAAACUAGAGAGGGGUUCGUAAUAUUAUUUAUGUGUAUUACUCUCCUUACUUCUUGCGUGGAUGCUUUAGGGAUAGCUGGAACGAUUGAAAG